CUGCUGCUGCUGUUGUCGCUGAUAAUGCGCGAGCUACCGCCGCCGUCCGACCCGAACCCGUCGCCCCUGCCGGGCGAGUGGCCGCUCUCGGCGUUCCACUACGUCCAGUUGAUGGUCACGCUGGAGACCAUCGUGCUGCUGCCCGUGCUGGUGCAGUACCUGCGUCUGGUGCUGCGCUUCAACGCGGCCCGCUGCCCGCCGGACGUGGCGGAUGAGGAUGCCGAGCUGCCGUCGCGCGCCCUGUCCCGCUCGCACCGCCCCAGUAAGGACGACGCCGCCUACGUCAGACGGCUGCUGCGCCGCCAGGCCGACUGCAUCCAGGCGCUGCGCGCGCACAACACCAUGCUCGGACGGAAGAUCGUAGACCAGCACGAGAGGCUGACGUCCGCUCGGCUGCGCGCCGAGGGAAGCGGCCAGAGUCCGCAGGCGUAGGCAGCUGCCGGCGCAUGUGGUGCUUGACUGAGUGUGCUGGUGCGAGUCCGGAGCCCACCGGUGAUUGACCAAAGUCCUCGGAUGUGGACGUCCAAAGUCGGCUGGCGCAUGGGUCUGGAGAACACCGUCUUGGGCGCGGCAGCCACUGGACGGUGGUUCUCGGCAGGCGCGCUGGUGCGCUCGAGGCAGGAGCAACGGCGCCGCACGCUGCGUCCGACCGAGGCAGGACGCGUCGUACAGGCAGGGUCUCGGCGCGGCGCAGAAAGGUGUGGUCUUCGGAAACUGCACCUUUUCGUCGGUCUCCGGUUGACACUGGCAGGGUCAUUGGCAUUGGCGCCUUCCACUGCCCUCUCGGAGACCUCAGUGGACCCGAAGGAUUCGGUGGACCUGCAUUUGUCGGGGACGGACCGGUUGGCGGGCGUAUUAGCGGGCGCUGACCGCCACUCACCGCCUAUUCGCUGAUCUUACCUUCGCAGCUGCGGCUGCACUGCGCGUACUCACUCUCGAAUACCUUGGCCGGCCUGUGCUCUGGAUCGUGCUCUGAUCUGGUGGCGUCCUGUGGUGGACGCCUGCGUUACCCCGAGUUGGGACGGCCAAGAAGCUGCUUGUGUGGGGUUUGAGUGUUCAUUAUGUAACGUAUGCCGUACAAAUACAGACAUCGCUUGCUUUUU